AUGGAGAAGCCUCUGUACAAGGAGGAGAUGCCCCCUGUCUCCCAGGCCUUCUUGCACACCACCUUGGCCUCCUCCCACCCCCCGAAGAUAUUGAAAGGGAAGCAGGACCCCCGGCAGGGGCGGAAGUGGAGGGGCACCAUGGUCCUGCUGUGCCUGGCAUGGAAGAAGACCUUGUCCUGGCUGCUGACCCUGCGGGCUGUCAUCCACAAGCUCACUCAGCUACUGGCCUUCGAAAUCUUCAUCAUCAGCAUGGUUGGCAUCCACACGGCAAUGCUGGUGGCGCAAACCUUCGCCGCAGUGCAGGUCCGUGGAGAGUGGUUCUUCUCCGCCAUGGAUGCCAUCUUCUUGUGUGUAUACGUGCUGGAGGCACUGCUGAAACUCAUCGCCCUGGACCUCGACUACUUCCGCGAUCCCUGGAACGACAUUGAUUUUUUCAUCAUGAUCAUGAUGGUGCUGGACUUUGUGCUGCCGCUCCUCAUCUACCCGGGCCACACCGGCAAUGCUGUCAGCCUCUUCCGUGUGCUCCGCGUCUUCAAGGGUGUCCGGGCUGUGCGGAUCCUGAGGCUGCUGCUCACGCUGCGGGUGCUGGAGAACCUGCAGGAGCUGACAAGCACUUUCGCGCUGUCCGGCCCGUCCAUUGGGGCCAUCCUGCUGCUGAUGUUCACCUGCCUCUUCAUGUUCUCAGUGGUGCUGCAUGACCUGUUCCAGAAGUCUGACCCCAAUCACUUCGGGGAGCUCUUCGACACCAUCUUCACCCUCUUCCAGCUCUUCACGCUAGAUGACUGGUCCUUAAUCUACCUGGACUGCGUCCAAGCGGGUGCCUCAUACAUUAUAUUCUUCCUGAUAGCCUACAUCCUCAUUGAGUACUUCACCUUCCUCAACCUGGUCAUCGCUGUCCUGGUGGACAAUUUCCAGUUGACCCUGAUCAAGCGCAAAGAGCUGCAGAAGCAGAAGACUCUACUGGAGCAGAAGGAGAGCAGCAUAGAAGAUAUUGUAUCAGGCAAGCCAGCCCAGGAGGUACACAGGAAGCCGGAGGACGAUAAAGCCUUCCUGGCUUGGCUCAUCAAGCACAUGGACGGCAGCGAGAGGGAGAAGCAGAUGCUCUUCACCUACCUGCAGCUGAUGGCAUCAGUUGAGCACCUCCAGCAGCAGUUCCGCUCCCAGGCUGCCACCACUGACAAGAUUGUCGACAGCUUCUUCGAGGUGGGGGAUACUGGCACCUGGCGCAGGGAAGGGCUGGAUGGACCCAGGGCAGGGUAUACCAGGCUGGAUGGGCCCAUGCGCUGAGCCAGGGUGGCUGGAGGGGGGAUACUGGGCUGGAUGGGCCCAGGGGUCUGACCCAGAAUGGGACGGGAACGGGAAACACCGGCUGGGAUAGGCCUAUGGGUCUAAUUCAGAGUAGCAGGGAAGGGGACAGG